CACUAUAGCAGCGAGCCGGGGCUGAUCGGGCUCACACGCUCCCGAGCUGAGCCACAGAGAGGAGCACAGAGCCGCCGCAGACGGGCUGGAGCUGGAGAUCACCUCACUUUGCAUGAUCACAUCCGCAGAUCGUCCAGGAUCUAAAGAUGUGGACCGGCGUCGGAAAGCUCGUGCUUCUACAUUUGUUACUCAUGGAGCUCAGCGGCCACGCUAAAGGAACUCAUACCGAGUCAGAGUGUGAAAUAGGGCAGUUUCAGUGCAAGAGCGGAGUGUGCAUCCCAAGCCUCUGGAGAUGUGAUGAUGACAAUGACUGUUCAGACAGCAGCGACGAGGAGAACUGUCCAAAGAAGACUUGUGCGACCACUGACUUUGCCUGUAAGAAUGGACAGUGCCUGCCUGCUAGGUGGCGCUGCGACGGAGAACCAGAGUGUGCAGAUGGUUCGGAUGAGGCUGAUGCAAUCUGCAGCAGACAGACUUGUCCUCCAGAGAAGUUUGAUUGUGGAGGGGUAGCCAGCAAAUGUGUUUCGUUAUCAUGGCGAUGUGACGGAGAGAGGGACUGUGAAAACGGAGCAGAUGAGGAGGAGUGUCCUGCAGAUGAAAAUGCCUGCCCCUCCAAAGAUUUCCAUUGCCGUAACGGAAAGUGCGUGGCACCCAUCUUUGUCUGCGACGGUGACGACGACUGUGGGGACGCCAGCGACGAGGACAAAUGCUCUUCCCCCACCUGUGGCCAGCACGAGUUCCGUUGCAAUGACUCUGAAUGCAUCCCCGCCCUGUGGAGCUGCGAUGGCGACCCAGACUGCAAAGACAAGUCGGACGAGUCCAUGGAGCGCUGUAGCCGCAGGACGGAGCCCCAGAAACCCGGCUGUCCGGGCGAGUUCCAGUGCGGCAGUGGAGAGUGCGUUCACAUGCACUGGAAGUGUGACGGUGAUGCAGACUGCAAAGAUAAAUCAGAUGAAGCAAACUGUCCGCUGCUUACAUGUCGACCUGAUGAGUUCCAGUGUGGCGAUGGCUCCUGUAUCCAUGGCACCAAACAGUGUAAUAAAGUCCACGACUGCCCGGAUUACAGUGAUGAGGCUGGCUGUGUAAAUGUUACAAAGUGUGACGGACCAAAAAAGUUCCGCUGUAAGAACGGAGAGUGUAUCGACAGCAGCAAGGUGUGCGACAGUGUAAAAGACUGCAAAGACUGGUCUGAUGAGCCAGUGAAAGAGUGUGGCCUGAACGAGUGUGCAGACAACAAUGGCGGGUGCUCCCACAUCUGCAGAGACCGGAGAAUUGGUUAUGAGUGUGACUGCCCCUCCGGGUACAAACUCCUGGACAAAAAGACUUGUGGAGACAUAGAUGAGUGUGAGAACCCAGAUGCCUGCAGUCAGAUCUGCAUCAAUUACAAAGGGGAUUAUAAAUGUGAGUGCUAUGAAGGCUACGAGAUGGACCCUGCCUCAAAGACCUGCAAAGCUGUGGGAAAGAGCCCUUGCCUGAUGUUUACUAAUCGUCACGAAAUCCGUCGGAUUGACCUGCUGAAGAGCGAAUACACACAGGUGGUUCCCACUCUGAAGAAUGCUGUGGCCCUGGAUGUGGACGUCUCCACUAACAAGAUGUUCUGGUGUGAUCUGUAUCAUCGCAAAAUAUACAGUGCAUACAUCAAUAAGGCCAGUGACUCUUCGCAACAGGUGACGUUGGUCGACUCACUCCACUCACCGGAGGGCCUGGCUGUGGAUUGGGUCCAUAAAAAUAUCUACUGGACAGACUCUGGCAAUAAGAGCAUCUCUGUUGCAACGGGAGAUGGCAGGAAGAGGAAAGUGCUAAUAGCCACCGAGCUCAGUGAGCCACGGGCCAUUGCAGUGGAUCCUCACCAAGGUUUUAUGUACUGGUCAGACUGGGGAGAUCAGGCCAAAAUAGAGAAAGCUGGGAUGAAUGGAGUGGACCGUCAAGUUCUGGUGUCUGACCACAUUGAAUGGCCCAAUGGAAUCACUCUGGAUUUGUCCAACAGACGUCUCUACUGGGUGGACUCCAAGCUGCACCUGCUGUCGAGCGUGGAUCUGAACGGAGACAACCGCAAAGUGCUGCUGUCCUCCCAUCACCACCUUGGACAUCCAUUCGCCCUCACCGUGUUUGAGGAUCGUGUCUACUGGACGGACUUGGAGGAUGAAGCCAUUUACAGCGCAAACCGGCUGACGGGUCACGAUGUGGCUAAAGUAGCAGAAGAUCUUAACAACCCGCUGGACCUUGUUGUGUUUCAUGAACAGAGGCAGCCCAAAGCCCCUGACACUUGCAACAUGGGCAGUCUACCAAACGGCGGCUGUGAGUAUCUCUGUCUAAAGGCUCCUCAGAUCACAGAUCAUUCUCCAAAGUACACCUGCGCCUGUCCUGAUGGUAUGGAGCUCGGACCAGACAUGAGGCGCUGCGCUGUAGUGCGAAUUAGGACAACCACCACAGUUGCCCCAACCACCACAAGUACAACGACAGCAACUACAACAACAGCCACGACAACUACAACUACCAGCCCCGCCACCAGCACUACCACCAGGACUCCCACCACAACAAGCACUACCACUUCUGCUGCCACCCCACCAAGGACCACAACCAGGCACCACAUGACACCAAAGCCCCCUCAAACCUCCAGAAGCAGCAGGAUUACCCAGCCACCUGUGACACAAGCCGCCACAAGUACAGAAGCUACCAGUUUGAGCAGCACCAGCCAGAUGUCCACACAAACACCCUUACUGGACCCAGUGGCACCAGACAGCAUUCAGAGAGAGACCAAUGCUAACCUCUCCCACAGAGCUGCAAGUGAUCACUACCUCAUAGGUAACAACAUCACAGUUGCUGUUUUGGGAAUAGUCAUUCCGAUUGUCCCUAUCCUUGCCACAGUGGUCAUUGGAUUGCUCUGCACCGGCGGCUACCUGGUUUGGCGCAACUGGCGACGCAAGAACACCAAGAGCAUGAACUUCGACAACCCCGUGUACCGCAAGACCACAGAGGACGACGACGAUGAGAUUCACAUCGGCCGGCACAGCGACUCCAUCGGUCACGUCUACCCGCCAGUGAGUGGCAGCCACAGCCAGCCGUUCAUAGCGCUUCCACUAGGGGGCGGCGUCACAGACAGUAACUCUCACUGGUACUCAGGGGCACCGAUGCUUUCCAGUGGCAAAUGAGGGCAUACCGGGCGGUAAAAGGAGGUCUUUGGAAAUUUUUGAGGAUUGAGAGGAUGCUCAAGGUUCCCCAGUGGGAAGAGAGAGAAGGCUCGCACACGCACACUUCCAGAUGUUUACAUAUCAUUUUUAAGUCACUGAGAGCACCAACUACACAUACCUAUGUCAUUCAUCGGCCAAUGUCCCUCACAUUAAGCCACAACAUUCCCAAUACCAUCCCUCAUCCCAUUUGUUUUUGCAUUGUAGUAGUUGCACCUGGUUGCAAUUGUGCUUCCUUUCAAAAUUCAUCUUCUUUUCACAAAAGGAGCUGUUGAAUUCAAGGUUUCUGUUUCUGUUUUUAUUUUUGCAGAUUAACUAGAUGUUUGCCACUUCAUAAACCCAACAAUUUAAAUGGAUAAUAACAAAAAAUAAAUAAAAAAUACAUUACCCAAACCGUUGGACACCAAACCUUAGGCACUCUGUUUUCAGAGUGUUUUCUAUAUUAUGCAAAAUAUUAUUCCAAUUUGGACAUUAUUGAGGGAAUAAAGUGGAUCAACUUUGCUGAUGUCUUGAAGCUGGACAAUGGAGCUCAAGGCCUUCCCAGCUGUUCAUGUCAGUUUUGUAAUGACUGAAAAAAUAAUACUCAAAACAUAUAAAGAAAGCUCAAAUCAGGACAAAAGACAGGCUGAAGCUAAAUUGACUUUACUUUCCCAGCUUGAGACCAAUAAAUAUUAAUCUCCUCAUCACAAUCCACACAGCUAGGCUGUUGAUUUCCUGCUGAUGUGGAUGUAUUUCUGAUUAAUCCAGCUCACAAUUUACAAUUGUAACUCAAUAACUCAAUAAAUUAAGUUGUCAUUCAUUUCUGUGAUUAAAUAUUUUAAAAAAAUCUCAUAUGUAGACUUAUUACACACAGAGUAAAAUGUUUUAUGUGUUUGCUGUGAUUAUGGAAGCCCAAAAUUUAGUAAACUAGAAAAUUGGGACAAAAAAUUACUUUUUAGCACAAAGUUGUAAUGUCCACAUUUAAAAGAAAAAUUAAUGUCUUGAUAUUCAUUAACAGCCUCCAUAAGGAGCAUAAGCUCCAAAAAAUCGUUGCUAAAGAAUUUAGCUGACUGUGCAGAGUGGAGUAUGCGAGUACUUUAAUUGGAAAUUGACUGAAAGAAAAUUUGCUUGAAAAAAAGGACACAAUCAACAGAGGUAGACACAGAGUAUUUUGAAGUAAGGCCUGUUCAGCAGUUAGAGGGAGAUUCACAAAGCUUGAACUACAGCUGAAGUUAAUGCUUCAAGGGCAGCAACAAACACAUGUAUUGAGGACAUGUGCUACCCCGGUCCCUUUCUCCAUGGCACUCCUAAACAAGAAGCAACUUCAGAAGCACCUUACCUCGGCUCAGUAUUUCAUUUGAAACUUAGGUCCCAGAAUCUGCAAGAAAAGAAGCACAGAAUCGAAACUCAUUGAGGUCCAGUGUGAUAUUUCCACAGUGAACGCAGCUAUCUUCAUCCUACAAGCAUAGUGGGGAUUUUAUCCUGCAAGACUUGGCACCAUCCCAACUACCAAAGGUACCAACACCUGCUUUAAUGACCACAAUAUAAAGGUGCUUGUUUGGCCAGCAAACUGAUUUGACCUAAACCCCAGAGCAUUCAUAAGAGAAAGAUUAGAAACACCAGUGCGAGCAAAGCAAAUGAGCUGACGACUGCUUUUAAACCAACCUGGGUUUCCUUAACCCCUUUAUAGUGCUACAUGUUGAUUUCCUCCAUGCAAUAAUCUAUGCAAAAUGACCCCUGACUAAAUAUUGAGCGUGUAUAUGGGUGCAACAUAUCUUGUUAUUGUUCCUAUGUUAGUCCAAUGUUUUCAGAAACUGAAUGUUUGGCUUUAAUUACCUGCACGACAUGGUCAUAAAACCUUACCAACACAAACACAUAAGUCAUUGUUGUGUGUAAAAAAUCUAUAUAAAGUGAGAUUAACUCUGUGAACUGAUUAAUGAAAUUAAUUAACUUCCCAAAGAUAAUCUAAUUAACUAGGAUGCACGUGUGCAGCAAAAAUGCGUUAUUGGGACACUCAGGAUGUUUAUUUUAUGUAGUAUGUUUAGAUUGAUAGGAAGACUUCUGUUAAGGAUAGCCAAAACGUAAUUAUUGAGAGAGAAGGAAGUGGUGUGCUUUGAUUGGUUGUCAUGGUAACACUGAUUUCUUUGUGGUGCUCUGUAGAAGAGGGGGGGAAAAAGAAGGAAUUGUGGGUAUCUCUGGCAUGAUGACAUGCUAGAAGCAUGCACAACACACACGCAGACAUAAAACAGGUGCACGAUUAAGAUUCAAGGACGAAAGAAGAGCACUGUUCAGUGAAGAGCAGGAGAGAGGCAACUAUUUUGCUCUUUAUAGCAGUUUUUUAAUCAUUUACGUAUAUAAAAAUCUCCAUUGUGUUUGAUUUUUACACUAGAUCUCUUUCUCUUUGUCUCGCCUUCACAUCUCUUGCCUCUUGUGUCAGGCAGGUCAUGCAGCCCGAGAAAUCUUUCUGGUAAAAUAUGGGCUAGACAUUUGCAGCCGUAAGCAAGAAUGCUGCAUUCCUCGUCUACUGUACGGGCAGCCAGGGAAGGAGGGAAAGUAGAAGCACAUGGGGGGAUUUGGAGAAACGAUAAUUAGGAAAGGUCAGGGAGAGGAGGGAUAAUUGUGAGGAGAAAGACCACAAGAAAGAUAAAGGUUGCAUUUUUCUUUAGGUUUCCUUGUUGACUCUAUUGUGUCGCUCUGUUUGUCUGCUCCCUGCUGUGGUAACCAUCUUUUCAUCUGCUGUUUACAGCGCGUGGCACUCAGUCUGGAGGAUGAUGGCUAUCCCUGAUGAGGGGGGGAUGCAGUCUGCUCACCCCCCUCCCCUUCAGUCCCUUCCUAUCCCUUCUCUCAGCACAGCCUCCGCACCACUACAAUGAGGCCAGUACAACGCAGAGGGGAAUGAGAUGGAGUCCACAUUUUGCCUCCCCCUUUUUAAGUAGCAAGGAUGACUUACACAUCUCUUCUCCUUCUUUCUGACUACUAUUACUAGGUACUACCACUUUCAUUAGUGUCAGUUUAGUAGCCUCUGCUCCACUCCUCUCUUCCUCUUCUGCUGCUUCCUAACAGUAGUGGCGUGUGAAAAUGCUGCUAGAUGAUAUCCUUCACACUAACCUCAUUUGAAAAUUGAAGGCAAAGGCCGGUCACCAGAAGUGGGGGGAAAUUUCUCAUGUUUUGACUGUUUAAUUUAUUUAUACGUUUUAAAUAUGUAAUUCGCAUCUGUCAGUGUGUAGUCCUAAAGGCGAGAUUACUUGAUGAAGUUUGCAUGUAUACUCUGCACAGUGCAGCAGAAGUCAAGGAUGUCAUAUUUCCUCUGGUUUCCUUAACUUUGCAAGUUCACAAGUCUUUUUUUAAACUUUGAAAGGAAAAGGCCAUCUAUUAUUUGUUCACUGACAUGUUGCGAUGCUAAACAUAGUCAAGGGGACUGGUGAAAAGAAAAAAGGGAUGAGGUUGUCUGGUUGUUUAGAGGUGGUUUUGGGGUGAAAGAGUGGUGGAGGCAGUUUUUCUUUCUGGCUGAUUUGUGCCUCCAGAAGGUUGUGCCCCAAGGUAAAAAGCAAUAAGGCAGACAGGACAAUGGAUUGUGGGUAAUCCCUCUCUUUGUAUCAGAGGUAUGCACAGAGUCAAUAACGAGCUUGACUUGGCUGAUUAGCUGUGAUGGGUAGAGUUCAUAUAUUUCUUACAUUUUUCUGUUUGUGUUCCGUCUAGUAUUUUACUUCCUGUGACUGCCUUGGAUAUGAAUAUAGAGCUGCUACUCGGAAGCAAUUAUGCACAAAAGACAUCAUUAAUAUUUUAAGAUUUUAAAAGAAUGUCCUGCUUUUGUAUGUUAUGAUUUCUAGUGGUGUAAUUGUACAGGAAAAGACAUGUUUGAAGUUCACAUUUUAUCAUCUUUUCUGUAUUUAUGUAUCUUCCAUUCAGGCGCAGAUUAAUUUCUUUUCCCUCAAUUUAACUCGUCUCAUCUUAAAGUUGAUGUACUAUACCAGUUAGUGCUGAACUUCAUUGACCCCAUUUCCGUGACUUCCCGGCACUUUUCCCAGUACUAUUCCUGGUGUAGCUACUUUCCGAUUAGUGCAACUGGAUGAGAUGAUGCAGAAAAACAGCCCACGUUUGAAAGACAUCAGUCGCUGCUGUCACCGAGCGUUCACUCUGGUUUUGUGUGAGCAGAUCAGUAGAAUAUCAUGCUUGGCUGAUCCUGGCACACUGAUUUGAUUUUAGAGAUGGAUAGGGAAGAAAUGUGUGAGCCAGCGUAAAGAGCCGAUCUUCCAUUGACUUGCCUCAAACGUGCUUCCAGCCCAUUGAAUCAGAUGGAGUUUAUGCCCACUGAAAACAGUAAUAAUUGCUCAUUUCAUGUUCCAGUUGUAAAUAACUGCAGGCUAUAAUCAUGGAAAUGGAAAAAUAGCUGUUACAACAAGCAACUCACUUACUCUGGACAUCAUUCAAUCAUUUGAAUCUAAGCAUUAAAGAUUUGUCUUCCACACCAAUUGUUGAACAAGUCUAAACAAUGCUGUGUUUCAAAUGUGAAGGAGCAAAAACUUGUUUGAAUGGAGCAAUCUGCAAAAAAUGACACAGUCUUCCUGUGGUUGCUUACAGAAUUGUAAGCUGAUAUGAAUUCAUUGAAUUGUCAUAAACAUAGGUUACUAUUCAGGAAUUUUUGUGUUUUUCUCUUCUUUUUUUUCUUCGACGUUUGAGUUUUAAAUAACUGACAACCCCAGUGAAGACACAAGAUAAAACAGAAAAUUUGUAGAUAGUUAAUUUACCUGAAUUCCAGCAGUGUUGCAUUGUGACAUUCUGUCAUUCUAUUCCUUGGAAGGAUUUUGCUCAUUCCUGUCCAACUGGUUGACUUGACCAUUCUUACCUGUAAAACUGGUGGGGUUUAGCUUGAUUGGUUGGUUGGUUUUCUGGCACAGACCUGACACCCCUAUUGAAGAUGUGGUGGGCUAUGGUUAAUAAUUGAGACAGGAAUUUUAGACAAAACAGUUUUGAAAAAUCACUUGCAAAUUGUCCAUUCAUUGUCAAUGAGCCUACUUCCAAUGCACUUAAGCCUACAGUACACGCUUAUAGGUAACAAAAGUUACAAGCGUUCAGCUUUGGCUAACUCCAGACAGUUAAUCUUGCUUGCCAUACACGCAUACAGUUGCACCAUAACAGUUUUUUAUUCAAUUGUAGACACCAGCUCACCAAAUUUAACUAAACCAUUCUGUUCAACCAUAUAAAAUCAUAAUAAUAAUAUUCAUUGUAUCCUAACUUUGUUUCUGCUGGACAUUAAUAUCUAGAUACAUAGAAUUUAUUACAAGUAGUGUUUUGGGUCUUUACAUUUAUUUUUUGAUGAACUACAGUUUUGGUUUGAAAGAGUGGACAGAGCUUACAGUCAUGUGCUAGAUGCUGCGUCUUCAUCUUCUUGAGAUACCUUAGUGAAUUGUUUCAGCUAAUUGAUUUUGUACGAUAUAAGAACUAUUUGAAGGUUCCAAAAUCAUGGGUCCUCCCUAAGUAGAUCUGAGAAGAAUGGUCAAAUAUCUAACCAGACUUGCUAUUGCUGCUGCUUAUCCAUGAUGACUAUAAGGAAACUUCUAAUUUGAAAUUUGAAUUAGUAGGGAAAUGAUCUUAAAGUGACCGGUACAUGAUCUUAUUCUCCAAAUACUUAAAGUGAACAGCAAUUUUAAGAGAAGAAAAGCCCCAGGUCAGAGAUCUUUGUAAUUUCUAAGACUGAAUUGGUCUCAGACUCUGCUGACAGGACCCUACGCUGAGUCAGCUCUGCAGCCCAGCUCUGUCCUUUCUGUCCGUGUUCGCCUCAGGACUAAUGCAGUUCCAUGCUGAGAAUUUGCAGUUAGGAGGAUAAAUUGCUUAUUUAUUUAGCUGCCUGAGCGUGACAUUGUGGGAAAGUUAUUAUUGCUACAGUGCAAAAGACAGAUUGGCCGGUUCACUUUGUGGUCACCUUCAGUCGAGCUGUCUACUCUGAAGGACACGGGGAAAGUCCAGUCACCAGCUUUGGCUGUUCAUUUUACCAGGCAAUAAUGUGGACGUAUAGGUCAACCAGUGAUCUUUGACACAAAACCAUUCCAUACAUACAUAUGGGGACCAUUAGGGCAAAUCAGUGCUCAAAUCCCAACAUUAUUCAUAAUUUCACUGUCUGUCCAGCCCAUAAACAGCAGGCAAAGGUUAUAAGGGUCAUUUCUGCUGUGUGCUUAUAUGCUGUGAGAGUUGGUUCAGUUAUUGUAAUGUAGCUACAAUGGUUACAUGGGUACUUCAGUUUUGGUUAGUGUUUUCUAGGGGAUUAUGCCGUUGUGUUUUUUAGUGCAAGCGCAGUGUUCAGCUGCUUUAAGAACCAGAUUGAUAUAAGAAACUUGAAAUAUACAGAGCAAGCAGCUUUUUUGUGCAACCCAGAUUGGUUUUCAUCAUUUGUAUUCAUGUCAGAAGAACGUCUUGUUUUACUUCGUAGACGAUUCAAUCUAGGCUCUAAGAAAUAAAAUUUUUAUUGUAAAGGUGGGAGAGAGAGUAAAUUCCUAUUUGCUGCUCCAGAUGGUUUCUAGGUGACAGGGUAUCCAAGAAUAAAAGCCAGGUCUUCACCAUGUCGAAUAAAUAUUGUAUAUACCUCCUCGGUAAAAACUACUAAUAUUAAUAUUUAACCUUUAAUUUAAACACAUAAAUUUGUAAUUUAUUUUUAACAACUUGUAAUGCAUUUACUUUCCUUUUUUUUAAAAAUAGGUCACCUGAAAUUCUGUUUAAAACCACUGAUGGUUUAUUUAUUAUGCGUGUUGUUAUCUCAUCACACUAACUACUAACUUCUUUUAUGACUAAUCUUAGAAGUGUGCUACAGGGUUGACAGCUAUGUUGACUUCUCCUACUACCUAAAAAUUUAUUUUUUUGAGUGCUUUUAAACAUCGCUCCUCUUCUUCAUGUCUCAUGCAAUGGCAACAAUCUUUCUUUUCCUCAUCAUACUUGUGAAUUUACAGUUUUCAACUAGGAAACGGGGGAUUGUUCCACCCAUCUUCAUCUCAGUCAUAUGUUCUCCAACAAGGGCUCUCAGUCUUUUUGUUAACAGAAUACACUGGAAGAUUAAAAGCACUGGAAGGAAUAACCCCGAAACCCCACAAAUAACUUGGAAAAGCUUCAGAGCUGAAAACAAAACUUCUUUCCUGAAUAUAAACCUGCAGACCACCAAACAAUCAGCCAGAAGAAGAAGCAGCCUCCGCUCCAACUACAAUUUAGAACUAUGGAAGGAAAUUCACUCCACUUGGCUGGCAUUUAGCUCUUGUUGACCCUGUUGUUGACUUUUUCCUUAAUCCACCGCUUCCUCUUUUUAUUAUGUGGGGUUUUUGGGCUGUGACUCCUCAACGUUUGUCAGUUCAUUCCUACUUGUCAUAUUUGAUCUACUUGAUGUUUGAUUACUUGAAGGGAAGUGUUCUGUUGACUGCGUUUUUCUACCAGCCAGUGUUAAAUGAAGUUUUGUGGGCAAGAAGGUUGUGGCAUCUGUUUCAUUUUGAUAUAAAUCAUUGCAGACACCUUUUUGUCUGGACAGUCUAUGUGUUAAAAGAAAUUCUCCUGCUUUUGUAAGAACCACCCACCUGUAUUUUUUCUGAAAAUUGUCAUCGCCUGCAAGGAAAUGUAAAAGAAAAUUCAGCGUCCAUUCCACAUGACAGGCAUUUUUUAAACGCUGUUUGUUGCACAAAACUUUUCAAGAAGCCUUCUGCACUGUGUAAAGAGGUUACAUUCUUAGUAGAGGGGGAGGAAAUAAAGGGGUUGUGGGUGGGUUGGUGCUGGGGUCUGGCAGUUACAGACCAAUGGUUUUGAAUCAUGAAGUGUAAAUAAUACGUUUUCAUAAAGCAAAAAAUAAAAAAAAAUCCUUUUUGAUAAUGUUUUAAAUGUAUCUGUAAAAAAGGUGUAAAUAAACUUCUGGGGUUAAAAAGGAGUGUAGACUAUAUAUAAAUUUAUUUGUACACAUGAGCACUGGGUUUCUUUAAUAUUUGAUUGUAACUAAAAAUUAAUAAUCUGCCAAAGUGUUUUUACUUUUUCUCCUGUCUGUUCCAUUUGUUUUAUUUUACCUUUUAACAGCGGACUGUAGUAUUUAAUUCUCUGUAAUUUAAUUUUGUUGUUUUUUUUAAUUGAGAAGGGGUUUAUUUUAAUU